AAACAGCUGUUUGCAUUGCCGCUGACGAAAUAUUUAUGUCCACAACCGUAAAACUCGUAAAUUUGUUGCUACUUUAAUUUGUGCAAAUUCAAGUUGAGUCGUUCGAUAAAUUAUUGGGCAUAUUUUCCACUUCCUGAACUAAUUUCGGUCGUUAAGAAAUCGUGUACACGUGUUAGAGCAAGCAAAUCUGUCCACCAAACACCACGAAAUAUGGAUAAGACUGAAUCUCCAGGUGUGGCUGAAGGUGUGGAUGCCCUCACAUUAAAUAACGUUAACGACGAGAAAUUGGACAAAGACAAGGUAGCGAACGGUGUGGAGGCUACCGAAAAUGAGGGCGACAUUGUUGAUCCAUGGAAUGUUACUAGCUCCACAGAUGAGGGCAUCGAUUAUGAUAAACUUAUAAAACGUUUUGGUUCGUCGAAAAUUGAUGAAGAAUUGAUAGCACGUUUUGAAAAGAUAACAGGCAACCCAGUUCACCAUUUUUUGCGACGUGGAAUUUUCUUCUCGCAUCGCGAUUUCCAUACAAUUUUAACUUUAAAAGAGCAGGGCAAACCAUUUUAUCUAUAUACAGGACGCGGUCCAAGUUCUGGCUCCUUGCAUAUAGGACAUUUGAUACCAUUCUAUAUGGCCAAAUGGCUGCAAGAAACAUUCGAUGUACCGCUGGUCAUACAAUUGACUGAUGACGAGAAAUCACUAUGGAAGGACCUCAAGGUCGAGGAAGCUAUAAAAUUGGCAUAUGAAAAUGCUAAAGAUAUAAUCGCAAUUGGUUUCGAUCCGGAGAAAACAUUCAUAUUUAAUGAUUUCGAGUUUAUUGGCAAAUGCCCAGCGAUGUAUCAGAAUAUGGUCCGCAUACAAAAAUGUGUGACAUUUAAUCAAGUGAAAGGCAUUUUCGGUUUUGGUGAUUCUGAUAUAAUUGGUAAAAUCAGUUUUCCUGCUGUACAAGCUGCUCCAGCACUUUCCAGCACGUUUCCAUUUUUAUUUACAAGCAAAAAGCCAGUACAUUGUCUCAUACCCUGUGCAAUCGAUCAGGAUCCAUAUUUUCGUAUGACACGUGAUGUGGCCCCACGUCUUGGCUUUCCAAAAUGUGCUCUGUUGCAUUCGAGCUUUUUCCCUGCGCUGCAAGGCGCAAAAUCGAAAAUGUCGGCCAGUGAUAACAAUUCAGCCGUCUUUCUCACGGAUACUCCAAAACAAAUCAAAAAUAAAAUCAAUAAAUAUGCAUUUUCUGGUGGACGUGCCACAGUUGAGGAACAUCGCAAAUUAGGCGGUAAUCCUGAUGUGGACGUCGCAUUCCAACUACUGAAAUUCUUCCUAGAAGACGACACUAGGUUGGAAGAAGUUGGGACUGCGUACAUAAAGGGAGAGUUACUAACGGGCGAAUUGAAAAAACUGGCUAUCGAAGUCGUCAGUCCCAUUGUAGAAGAACAUCAAAAAGUACGCAAGGCUUUAACUGAUGAGGCCGUAGCUAAGUUCUUCGAAAUUCGGCCUUUAAAAUUUGCGCAUUAAUAUUUGUGUGAGCAAUAAACCGCAUUUCGUAAAUUAUAUGACAAUUUAAUAUGUGAAAUUAUUGAAGUAUUAUGCUAUGCUUUGAAACGCGUUCUUAAUUUGGAGCACUAACUUCUUUGAAAACUGAAUGGGUAAUGUUUGUGCUUUUAGAUUUUGUAGUAAACAAAUGUAAUGUUGACCCAAUUACGACUUACAAACUGAUAUUUUAGAUAUCGAGUGUAUGUAUGCUUGAAAAAAACAAAAACAAAUAAUAAAAACUUUUGUUAAUAAUUUAAAUUAUUACGCGGCGGCAUUGUUCAAUAAUGCAGUAGUAAUUUGAAAUUUGAGAAGAACGUCUUCAAUUACAUGUUGUUUGCUAUUCAUAAGUAUACUUACAUACAUACAAUACAUAUAUACCCAGUGAAGUAAAAUACAAAUACAUACGAAACAAAUACAUACGAACAAAUACA